AUGACAGUUAAAGGUAAAAGAUCCAGAGGAGGAUGCAAAAAUUGUAAGAAAUCUAAAGUUAAGUGCGAUGAAAAGAGACCAAGGUGCGGUAACUGUGUGAAAAAAGGUUUGGCGGAAUGUGAUUACACCAUUAUUUUACAAUGGGGAGGAAGACCUUAUAAGAACAAGAAUCGAGUUGUAAAGAAGCCACCUAAUACUAUUGUUGUGGAUGGCGUGCUUACCGUAAAAAACAUGACUAAACUUGAGGCACCAAAUGAGAGGAAAAAUUCGAGCGUCAGUCAAUCGCAUAUUCCACUUUCCGUUUCGUUCAAAUCUCUCGAGGAACCGUUUCCCGAAAGUGAGAUAGAAGGCUUCGUUAACCAUGAAAUGCUUACACAUGUUGACGAUACCCUUUCUGUUAAUGAUAUUAAUGUGGAGCUUUUCGGCGAUCACAAUCCAAUUGACCUCAAGUCCCUCCAAUUAUCAAUGCCAUUACCCGACAUUUUGGCAAAUUCCGCAUACUUUUCUGAAGUAUUUAACUUUUACGUCACAGAAACUUCUCACCUGUUUGUGCCUGCUCCUCACCACGUUUAUGAUAAGAAUCCGUUCCACACUAUCUUACCACAGAUGGCUCUUCAAAGCUCAACCUUGAUGAAUCUUAUAUUGGCAUUCGGUGCCAACCAUAGAAAUAAAAUGAUUACGUUUCAGGACGCAGAAAAUGUCGUAGGGCUAGAUGAAACUGUUUCUACUGUCUCUUCGGAUGGUCAUUUUGCAAAUGAACUCUUGACACAAACAUUCAGCGAGUUGCUGAAGAAGCUUAUGGACACGGAAGAGCGGCAUAGCGAUUUUACUUUGGCAACCAUUCUUAUGCUAGCAGGGUUUGACAUCUUUUUCAGUGAUACACGACACAAAUGGAGGGCUCAUAUAUACGGCGCGCGCAAAAUUAUAAUGAAGAGAUUCAAAAAUAGCUCAAACGGUCUCCUUCGAGUAUCUUAUAGCAACGAUGACAGCGAUCCUGAAUACUUUCUGUGUCGGUGGUUUUCCUACGUCAACAUUAUAGCUUCACUUUCGUCUACAAAUCCUGCUUUGUCGACUGAAAAGCUGAACUCCUUGCAAUACGACUUUUCCGCAGUUUACAACACUAACUUAAUUCACGAUUUGCGAGUCAGAUUGAAAGACAUUGAAUACUUCACAGGGAUGGAGAUCAGACUGUUAUCGUUAUUGGCGGACGUUUCUUCGAUAAUUAAUGCAAGAGAUGCUCUUGAUACGGAUCACAUUCCUCAUAACUUGAUUGUCAAGGCAUUGGAGCUUGAUCAUGAGAUUACUAGUUAUUUGGAUCAGAGUGAAAGGGAAAGGGACCAAAUAUAUGAUUAUUACUUUAAGAACAAAACAGAUCGCACAACGAGGAUUCAUUAUCAAGCAUAUGCCAUUCUCCGUGCUACGAACCUCAUUUUUGGGCUAACCGGAGUACUACAACUCAAACGGAGAGUCCUAGGCGUACCCCAGAAUAGUAAGAUAGUGAUGGACUUAAUCUUGAAAAUAACAAACUUAAUCCAACACAGAAUUCCGUUUGACUCUUCAGCCGAAUCAUGCAUCAUUUUUUGCUUGUUUUGCUGUGGUUGUGAAAUAAUGGAUGACUCUCUGCUACCAUGUAGGGACGUUUAUAUGGAUCAUAUUGUCACCCUCAACCGGAGAGGAAUGACGAGCGCCCUACAGGCCAAAAAUAUAAUGGAGGAGUGCUGGGCCAAAAGGAAACUUUGGUGGGAUGUACUACGGGAGAAAAACCUGGAUAUAACAUUUGCAAUUUAA